AUGAGCAAUGGUGAGUCAGAUUGGUUUCUGUGCAACCACUGCAAGAAGCCAUACUCCAACGAUGCUGCAUUUGUGCUCACCAAGUGUGCGCAUAUCUUCUGCAGCGCUUGCACGGCAGGACGACAGCAGUGCUUGGAGUGCGGCAAGCCCUUGUCAACGCUGCGCAUUCACAGAGAGAUGACGACUGGCAAAGAGUUCUUCGCACAGACAUGGAAUCACACGCAGCAAGUCACCUCAGCACUUGCCAAAGCGACAAAAGUGGACGCGUUCCGGUACCAGCAGAUGAAGCUGGCAUUGAAGAAGUUGUACAGGGAGAACCAGGAGCUGCAAGCGACGCUGAAGCGGCUCAAAAACACCAGCAAGGCAGCGCCUGCGUCGGCAAAGCAGCUCAGCAACUAUCAUAGCCAGGCAAGCACAACAGCACGACGAGAACAGCAGCAACGACAACAACAACAGCAGCAGCAACGGCCGCGAUAUGAUCAGCCGCAACACCAGCAUUUACAACAAGCCCACCACCACCCCAUCAACCAGCAAACCCCGAUGCAGCACAACCAGCAGCGCCACCACUAUCCACAGCAACACCUGCAGCCACGCCAUGUCAACCCUCAUGGACCUGGUGCCGCGAUUACACCUAACCGUCCUCCCAUGGACAGGCCUCGCUCCACCUACGACCGUGGACCAAGCCCCAUCACGCCGCUCUCUGCUCGACGGCAAGCUCCAGGGUCAUCUUCAGCAAGGCUGGCGCCACCGUCUGUUCGCCUGAGUAUUCGAAAGUCACCCGCGGAUGCCAUGGGUGGACCGUCCCCUCGUCGCUUUGGCGGCCAUCUGCCACCCGCACAACACCUGGGCGGCACCGGAACAGUGGCAGCAGCAACAACAACAACAAGGGGAGGAGGCGUAGGAGGCGGUGGAAUUGGCAUGCUUCUCGGGCGCCACGUGGGUGGUGGUAUUUCGUCAAACUUUGCUUCGAUGGGCAUAGCCCCGGAUGGCACGCCGCUUCACAAGAAACCACAUAUGAUUCCGCACACGGGCAGGUUUACCACACCCGCAUUUUCAACAUCCAUGUGA